UCCGCCCUAAGUGACUACCGGAUGUUAUGUUGUGGUUGCUCGCUUACUUUAGCAUGCAACUUACUGCUAAACAUGAGAGCGUUAUCUGUUUUGCAAAGGGCUUGUGUCCGACAAAUUGCAUUAACGUGUUCAGCAAGAUGGAGAUGGACCGAGAGCAAGAGUUUCUCAAGCACAAUCCAGGAGAAGCAUACGCCGAGCAACGCGAUGUUCAAGCACCUGACUUCCAAAAUCAAAGCGACUGGUCCCAUUUCAGUGGCAGAAUACACGAGGGAAGUUCUAACCAAUCCUGUGUUGGGAUAUUAUGUGAAGAAUGACAUGCUGGGAGCGGAUGGGGAUUUCAUUACAUCGCCAGAAAUCAGUCAAAUCUUUGGAGAGUUGCUGGGGAUCUGGUGUGUGAGCGAGUGGAUGGCAGCAGGGAAGCCAAAGGAGUUUCAGUUUGUGGAGUUUGGCCCUGGAAGGGGUUCCUUGGCCAGUGACGUCUUGAGAGUGUUCAGCCAGCUGCGGGCGGUGCUGGGCGGGACGGCCGUGUCCGUGCACCUGGUGGAGGUGAGCCCCAGGCUGAGCGAGGUGCAGGCCCGCAGUCUGACCGGGGACCUGAACCAGGUGUCCCGCAGCGAGAACGACCCGGCCUACCGCCGGGGGACCACCGGCACCGGCCUGCCCGUCUCCUGGUACCGCAGCCUGGACGACGUCCCUAAAGGCUUCAGUAUCUACCUUGCCCACGAGUUCUUUGACGCCUUGCCGAUCCAUAAAUUCCAGAAAACCAAGCGGGGCUGGAGGGAGAUGAUGGUGGACAUCGACCCGGAGGACGCCGACCGGCUGCGGUUCGUUCUGGUGCCGGCCCCCACCCUGGCCUCCUCCGCGCUCAUACAGCCGGACGAGAGCAGGGAGCACGUGGAGGUUUGCCCAGAGGGGGGCGUGGUCAUACAGAAGCUGAGCGGCCGGAUCGUGGAGGACGGGGGCGCGGCCCUGAUAGCGGACUACGGCCACGACGGGACCGGGACGGAUACGUUCAGGGGUUUCCGGGGUCACAAACCCCACGACGUGCUGAGCGCCCCGGGCACGGCGGACCUGACGGCCGACGUGGACUUCAGCUACCUGAGGAGGCUCGCGGGGGGCCGGGUGGCCUGCUUCGGCCCCGUGGCCCAGCGCACGUUCCUGCAGAACAUGGGCAUCGACGUGCGGCUGCAGGUUCUGCUGCAGAACAGUCCGGACGACUCGACCCGGGCCCAGCUGACCCGGGGGUUCGACAUGCUGACGGACCCCGCAAAAAUGGGCGACAGGUUCAAGUUUUUCGCCCUGCUGAAUCACAACCGGCUGGCCCCGCCCCCUCCGGCGGAGAAGGGGAAGAAGAGGGCGCCUGCACCCCUCCCUGUACCAGGAUUUAGCGAGCUGAAACUUUGAGCCCGAGGAGGACCAUAGAGGGGCAUGGCUCACCCCUUCCUGAAGGGAACUGACACUCCUGCCUUUAAUGCACCUUUAGUGAAACACCCUACUUAAUCUGUUAGUGUGCCUGUUGACUUGUAAAACCGGAGAGGAGGCAUCUGCCUGGCCUGGCUACAGUUUGGGUUCUCCCUCCCCGGUGGGGUUUGGGUGGGAAUCUGCUCCCAGCAGGGCACUGCUCCUCUUUACAGUAAUGGAGACACGCGUGGGCCAAUCAGUUGGAGCACCAAAUGUGAACUAUCCAAUUAAACAUGGUCCUGGUUACCAUGGAAGUAGCCAAGCACUGAUCUGGACUGAUGUGCUCCACGCAUUGGACUGUCAGAGAGGGAACUGCUGAAAAUCGCGUUAUGGAACCAUAGUUUAGGAAACCCCGUUUCCACCUGGCCAAUUUUGAUAGAACCAAAUGUUUCUGGAAAAGACCAUGCCCUUCAUUACACUGACCUUGGGAGACCCAAUAGAACAUACCUGUUUACUGCAUUUCAUUUGUGCACAAACUGUUUUUAUUGUAUCAAGCCUUUUUUACUUUUACUAAGUCUAUAUUACAUGGUAAGUGAUUUAUUUGGUGCAUUAAUGUAUGUCUGAAAAAAAUGCUGAGCUGGAAUUGAGGAGGGUUUCAUCCACAAGAUGGACCCCUCCCCCUCCAAACUUGCGGCCUUCGCGUGCAUGUUCAGUUGUGGAAAAUCCUUUUAAAGGGGGAUCAUGCAAUCCAGCCCUGGCAUUGGCACGUAGCACCACUGUGAUGUGGUAGUUGGCUCUCUGCCCCCCUCCAAACUGCUGCACAUGGUAGCACCCGAAGACCCAAAACAAGGCAGUGAUUUUUGCCCAGAGUUAAAUUCGGGAGGUCUAUGUGCUUCUUGUUAGGUCAGUCUCAUUGCUGCAGCAUCGUCCAUCGGUUCGUAAGAACGCUGGAGGCAAGUUUAUUUAAAAAGGAAUUUUUGUGGCAAAAAUAAAAAACCAAAUCCAGGA